CCUCACUUUUUCCCAUCAAAAAUUGAUUUGUUUAUUUAUGAUUUUUUAUUAUUAUGGCUAAAUCUGAAGAUGAUUUUUGGAAUACCAGUAGCCACUCAGGGUUUAACUUUGAUGAGGACGAAGACACUGAAGAACAGGCUAAUGAUAAUGUUUUGUUUCAUUCGUUAGAAGAAAACGUAGAUCUUCCUAUACAUUUACUUAUUUCGAAGCACGGUUUAGAUAUUCUUCUUGAGAAUGUUAGGUCCACACUACCAACUAUUGUACCACCAAUUGAAGAGACUAUUAAAAAGAUGGUCCAUGGACAUAAAUAUAACUUACAUUGUUAUGUAAAAUUUCAGGACAAAAUGAAUCUUUUGGAUCAAGCUUUACAGACGUAUGAUGCAAAUGUUAUAUUAAAGGUUAUUACUUAUAUCAAAACUACCUUAAAGAAAAAUAUAUUUUUUCAUCAAAUAUCUAAAAGAAAGGUUGCAGUUAAACACUAUGCUUAUCACUUAAUAACAAAAAAUCUCUUAGAGGAGCUUGCAGAUUUUUACAUGGCUACAGGAAACUCAAAUUUAUUGACACAAAUUUUCUACUUAACUGCCCAUGGAAUGGUAGUAAACAAGACCUACUUGCACAAGAAGUUACAAUGUAAUUUAGAACAUUUGCUAGAAAUAAAUCCUAAAUCUAAGUCAGAAAUAUCUGAUAAUCUUCAGUUAAUAAAUUACCAACUUGAAAAGAAUUUUAAAUCUACUUCUGUGAUAAACCAGUUGGUAGAACUAUGUAAGGCACAGCCAUCAACAGCUAAAGGGAUGGAGGAUAUAUUAGAAUUUAAGAAAUAUUUUAGGAUAGAUGACUUUACUUUUGACUGGACAAUAACCAAUGUAUUUUGUACUAUGAAGUUAUGGAGUAAUCUGAAGGAUUAUUUUAUUAAAAGUAAUUGGCUGACAAAGAAAAAUUCUCUAAAAACAUCAAUAAGUGCAGAAGCUUUUUUAGAGUUAUUACAUAAACAUGAUGCACCAAAGGAAGUGCUAGAACAAGUGUUAGGGUGCUUCUCUGACAGCGAAAGGGCCCUAUAUUUUGCUAAUUUAUAUAAAUGCCAUACUUUUAUUAUCCAGUAUUAUGUUCAACAAAAAGAUAGGCAAGCUUUGAUUCACUAUAGAGAAAAGAUUGUCCCAUAUACACCUGAAUAUUAUCUUAUAGAUAUUUCUUUGCAAACUAUGGAAGGGAAAAAACGAAACUAGAAGUUAUAUUGCUGUUUAGACUGUUGUUAUAUAUAUUUUUUUAUGUAUUUAUUGUACUGUAAGGAAAUAAAGCACUUUAUUAAAUAAA